AUGUCUGUGAAGACGCUUGCCGCCCCAACAAAGAAGUACAAAAUUGUCCUUUUGGGCGAUAGCGGUGUUGGUAAAUCAUCCCUCGUACAGCGGCUCGCGAAGAAUGAGUGGUGCGACAACCAAAACUCAACGGUAGGCGCGUCUUUCCUCCGGUACGUGUGUACUGUAGGGGAUACAGCUGUAAACUUCGAUAUUUGGGACACUGCCGGUCAGGAACGCUACAAAAGUCUGGCAUCCAUGUAUUACCGGGGCGCUGCUGCUGCACUUGUGGUGUAUGAAAUCCCGUCAUGGGAAACAUUUGAGCGGGCGAAACAUUGGGUGCGGGAACUCGCAACUAACUCACCCGAGACAAUUGUCAUACUUGUGGGAAAUAAAAGCGACCUAAGGGGGACUAGCGGUUGUGUGAGUAGUGAAGAGGCGGCAACAUAUGCCCGGGAACUCAAUUUGCUGUUCAGUGAAGCGAGUGCAAAAGACGGUAGUGGUGUAAGUGAAGUAUUCAUGCAGAUUGCGCAGCGGCUUGUAGCGUCGAAUAAUAAUAACACUGUUCAUAGCGGUGGUGUGUUGGGAGGUCAGCCGAAUUCCACUAGGCGAAGUUCCGGUUGCUGUGGUUGA